AUGCCGAGAGGAUUUUUGGUGAAAAGGAACAAGAAAACCAACCCGGUGUCCUACCGGGUCCGCUCCGACGACGAGGAAGCGGAGCAAACAGCGGCUGAUGCGCCGCCGCUGCCGCCGUCCUCCUCCGCGCAUCUCGCCUCCAUCCCGGUGCGCGCACAGACGCCGACGCCCACCUGCGGGGCGGUGGCCACUGCUCCGGAGCCGGACGCGAAACCUGUGCAGUUCGGUAAUCCGGAGGCGGUGUACCAGGCGCUCUACAGCCCCACCCGCCCCGUCAGCCAGGACCACGACCGCUCCUACUUCGAGAGACGCUUCAACCUCGGAUCACCGGUUUCAGCGGAGUCCUUCCCCACACCAGCAGCGCUCACCGCUCUGGACCACAUCUUCGCCCCGGUGGACCUGAAAAUCGGCUCCAGCAACAGCAGCCGCACCGACACCAGCGCUACAUCCACCGCGACGCUCCCUGCCGCUGCCGCGUCCAAACGCCCAUCCAGCGACACGGAGCGCAAAAGCAAACCGCCGUCCAAGAAAACCAAAGCUAUCCGGAAACUGCACUUUGAGGAUGAUGUCACCACAUCUCCGGUUCUCGGGCUCAAGAUCAAAGAGGCGCCGGUGGACCAGAAGCCUCCCAGACCGCAGCCGGCCGGAGGAGAGCACGUCCCGCUGGGGGAGUUUGUGUGCCAGCUGUGCCGGGAAGCGUACGCAGACCCGUUUGCCCUGGCUCAGCACAAGUGCUCCAGGAUAGUCCGGGUUGAGUACAGGUGUCCCGAGUGUGACAAGGUGUUCAGCUGCCCGGCCAACCUGGCCUCGCACCGGCGGUGGCACAAACCGAAGCCGCAGAGCGGUGCGCAAAAUGUGGAGAGCGACAAGGUGGCCGCGUCCGGGAAGACGGCGCCGGAUGAAGCGAAGGAUUCUAGUGACAGGGACACACCCAGCCCCGAGCCGUCCGAGUCCGGAUCCGAGGACGGACUGUAUGAUUGUAACCAGUGUGGGAAAAGGUUUAAGCGCCAAGCGUACCUGCGCAAGCACCUGGCGUCACAGCACGGCUCCCCAAAGCCGGUGGAGGAGGAGGACGCACCGGCCUGCGAGCAGAGCGCAGCGCCGCUCAACCUGAGCUCGUCCACCUGCCACCUGUGUCCCGUCUGCGGGGAGAACUUUACCAGCAGAGGCAGCCAGGAGCGGCACAUCCGCCUGCUCCACUCCUCACAGGUGUACCCCUGCAAAUACUGCCCCGCCGUCUUCUACAGCUCCCCGGGACUCACCAGGCACAUCAACAAGUGCCACCCGUCCGAGAACCGGCAGGUGAUCCUGCUGCAGAUGCCGCUCCGCCCCGCCUGCUGA